UGGUGGGGAUAUGAAAAUCGAUCGAAGCGCACGAAGCGGUGAAAAAAGGAAAAAAAAUUGGAAAUAUUGAACACCAUCAAUAGAGAAAAAUUUUAAAAAAUGGGCCAUUCUUCGUGUUGUGUGGUGAAUUGCAAAAAUAAUGGUCUAAAUAGUGAGUGUAAAUUUUAUACAUUUCCAAAAGCAAAGUAUAAAAUAGAGCAGAGGAACCGAUGGAUUGCUGCUGUGAGAAGAGUAAAUACUCGUAGUUGGCAUCCAACGGCAUCCACCUUGAUAUGCAGUGCCCAUUUUGUUGCCAAUAAAAAAUCUGAAGAGGAAUUAAGUCCUAGUUAUGUUCCAAGCAUAUUCCUUGGUGCAUAUGGAAUAAAAGCAGUUAAUCACAAGUCCUUAGUGGAACGACAUGAUCGUUACAUGAAGCGAAAAGCUUCGAAAAUGGAAUCAUCAAUUACAACGACAAAAGAGGUUAUCAUGGGGCAAAUGGAAACGAACGUGACUGAUGCAGUAGUUGAUAAUGUUCCAAUGAAUCAAAGUUAUAUUAAAGUGUACACGGAUCGAGAGUGUCAAGCUAAUAUUUUUUCCAGUUGUACUCAGCCAGAAAAAAUGUUUAUUUGCAACAGGUAUAUUAAUGAGAAUGGUUGUUGUCAUGCUGAAAUUCCAACAACUAUAAUUGAAAAUACUACUAAGAUAAUGGUGCCUAAUCAGAAACAAUUCAAACAUAAACAGUGUGGCACACCAGAAAAGAUUACCGUAGAUCAGUUCGUUCAAACAGAUAUCGCAUCCCGCAAAUGUAAUGAUGCAAGUAAUUUUAAUGGGUUUUCAUCAAUUAAAACGAAAGAACAACUGUUAGAUCUUGCUGGAGUAAGUUUUGAAAAUUUCGAAUUUCUACUAAAAGCUGUCAAAAAUAAUAAUUUGGAUAACGUGAAGAUCACAGCCGAAAAUGCACUUUUAAUAUUUUUAACGAAGAUGAAAACCGGAUUAACUUUUUCUGCCAUAAGUGUUUUAUUCAAUGUACACAGAACAACAGUUUCGAGAAUAUUUCAUUCAUGUUUACAACUGUUAACUACAGCUACAUCAGAUUUAGUUUUUUGGCCAGCCAAGGAUAUUGUACAAGGAACAAUGCCGAAGUGUUUUUAUCCGGAUUACGUUAACACUCGCGUAAUAAUUGAUUGUAUGGAAUUCAGGAUUGAAGUUCCUGCAGGCGUCGAUAACCGCGUGUACACUUAUUCUCAUUAUAAGAAAGGGUUCACUGCAAAAGUUCUAAUCGGAAUAUCUCCGGGCGGUUUUAUCAGUUUCAAAUCGAAAGUAGCUGGUGGACGGAAAAGUGAUUCACAAAUUACUAUAGAAUCUGGAUUGAUAGAUUUAUUAGAAGAUGGAGAUGAUGUUGUUUUGGCAGAUAAAGGUUUUCCAGAUAUUCGACGGACCAUUGAUGAAAAAGGUAAACAAGUAGUAAUUGUUAUGCCACCGUUUUUAGAAAAAAAAUCUGAGUUCACAAAAGACGAGACAGAAAAAACGUAUAACAUUGCAAAGGUUCGGAUUCAUGUGGAAAGAAUCAUGCAGCGGUUAAGGAUCUAUCAGAUUUUAAAUAAAAUACCAGCAAACUUAUUUAAUUGUAUCGACGAUAUAGUGCAUAUGUGUUGUGUAUUGGUUAAUCUUCAACCACCAAUAUUUUCAGAUAAUGAAUAAAAAUAUUUGUAUAUCAACUUGUGAAGUGUAUACUUACAAAAAUUAUAUUAGGCUAAGAGUGAAGGGAUAUGUGUGUAUUUUUAAGGAAUUUUUGUACAUUUUUUACAUAUUUCGAAUAAAUAUUUAUUUGGCGAA